AUGCGUCGGCAAACAUCGCGAAACAGCGUGCAAUCCGAGCUAAUCCACAUGCCGUGGCACAUAUCGCUACCGGAUGAGACGCCGAAAACGAGCAACGAGCUGAUAAACCUGUCAUCAAAAAAAUUGGCAAACCACAUUUCACGAGCACCAAAAUGCAAGAAAUAUCAAUUCAUUUCCAAUUUUACCCUACAGCGUAUAAACGAUGCAAACGAGUUGGAAGCAAUCUUGAAGAAGAAAGAAAUUUACAACUCCUCAUUCCGUGUAUCAGUGGGCGAACAAAUUGAUCUUAACUCCACCGAACAUUUCUUACCUUUGGAGAUGUUUGACGAUUGGGAUUACGAUUCAUUCGAUCCCGAAGCUACGGCUGUUUGGAAGAAUAUGGAAGCACUAGCUAUUCUGCCUCCUUACACUGACUGGCAACGAGUGCUCGUUGUCAACUAUAAGCCGGGUUUCAACCAUUGGGACGUAACACCGACAGGUACGUCCACAUCUUAUCGAAUUUCGCGUCUUCAUCUGUACUUUCCCUUCGAAGAUCCGUACAAGUUUGCGGAUCGCUGUGUCACAGCACUUAAAGCCCGUGAAACGGCCGAAAAUGCUAUCCGCUUUCGGUUCCUCUGCAAACAUAUUUCCAGCGAUGGAUGCUUUGCUCCCGGUCGCCAACUCGAGCAAAGCAUACUGAGACGCACUAGUGAAGAGAUCUAUUGCGUAUUUAAGCAGCUGUAUGAAAGCUUCCACAUUGCGCUGGCUGUAGGGAAACAUCUCAACCAUGACGAUUGUGCAGUAAUCAAGCAACCGACCAUCGGUUGCUUAGAUUCGAUGAAAUACAUCCCUGCAACAGCGUCUAACUCUACCAGUGUCAAAUUCCUGCUUGAUGGUUUCAGGCGCAAAACUUUGCUUAGUGAUCGAAACGUGUUCCAUGCAUUGCGCUUUGUUAAUCAAGAGUGUGAGAUAGUGCGUAGGUUACCGCUGUUUAUCGUAGCAAACGAGAAGCCUAUCCCGCUGGAAGAGUACGAGCAACACAACCUUACCCAAACGAGCAAAACGAUAAAGUACCUUCAGAACACUUGGAUCGAACGUUCUACCAUGCAUGCGCACCGGCUAUUAUCGCGCAUUGGUGAGGGAACCUUCGAUAUAGGUGUAUCGAACUGGAAGAUCUACUCGGUGAUGAAACUGAAACGUCUUGUCGAACAGGUGCUGUAUCGGAUGCAGGAUGCUCUGCGAGAUCUCCUGCUGGAAUCAACCGCUGCUUACGUUAAUUAUCUCAUGAACGAUUGCAGCGCCAUAUUGGAGAUUGGAGACGAAUACUGUUGGGACGGUAAUCUCAUCGACAGCCCGUUCGAACCAAACCGUCCAGCUGUGUUCUAUCUCACACUCGAGAUGGGUCAAGAAUCCCCGCACUAUUCGACCGAUCCGUAUACGUUUCCCGAAACGCUGCGCUACAUAAUGGACGAUAUCUUAACGGAGUGUCAUUUCAUACACGCUUUCGAACCGUCCUUGAUGCAAUCGCUAAUAUUCGCUGAAAAUUUCUUCUUGUCCUCGGUGGGGUUGCUUGAUCCGGUAAUUGUUAAGCAACGAAAAGCAUUACUAGAGUAUUACCAGAAAUCUCUGCUCCCACUGCGUGCUUACGCAACACGGUAUACGGCCUAUAGAGAGCUGUUCUUUACCAACGUGAAGGAAUUUGUGGAACAGAUUAAGAACGCUGAUAAAUCAUCUUCCGAGAUUAAAGAGGACAUUGCACUGCAGAUUCGCAUGCGGGAAAAUUUAGAACACACUGUGCCGUUCUUUAUCGUAAUUGGACCGUACUGGAUCAAUGUUCAGCCGCUACGGGAAGCUUUAAUCAGCAAGCGUCUAGAACUGACCGCAGCCCUGCUUAAGAUGCUGACAGAAAAGUUGCGUCUCAAGACGGCUGACGUUAUAGGAUGCUACAACGCCAUCAAUGAGCGGAUGUGUGAAAAACCAGUCUCCAUCGAGCACAUCUACGACAUCCGUGCGUACAUGGAAGAUGUGCCGGAAUUAGUGACCCGGCUGGAGGAUCGUAUGCGAAGCAUCCUAUACGAAUAUGAGAUAUUGGAGGGCUUUCUGCACAAUCUACCGGAUGCGGACUUCCAGCAGAAAUGGAACGCACUCGCCUAUCCCCGGUUGGUGCUGAAGCAGAUGGUUUCGGUGAAGGAAUUCCACGAAACGGAGGUGGACCGGUUCCGCAAGCAACAGUUUGCCGAUGAGGCCACCUUUACCGCUAGUAUCGAAGACAUCAAUGCGUACAUCUCCAAGUUUACCACACUGUACGAUGUGUCCAAGGUGUCGGAGAUGUCGGUCGAGGUGCGGCGGCUCUGGAAGACACUGCAAGAACUGAUCGAUCAGGGUCAUAUCAUGAACCGCCGGCAGGAGCUGUUUGAGAUGGCACCGAUUAGUUUGAAUAAUUUAUUCGAACUCCGGACCAACUUCCAAGCCUACCGGGAACUCUGGACGGUGGCGGCCGACUAUUUAAAGCUGGAAGAAACUUGGAUCGGUAACCCGUUGGUCAGUGUCGACCUUGAGGGCGUUCGCAGGGGGUUACAGCAGACGCACGAUAGUCUGAAGGAUUUGCUGCCACUAUUCCGGGACCAGCCACAGCUGUUGACCGUUGUGGAGCACUUUGUAACGGUGGUGGAAGCGUUCCGACCGAACUUGGACAUUAUGGAGCUUCUGAAGUGUCCAUACCUGGAAGCAAUCCAUUGGGGUCAGCUGGCAAAGGAAAUCGGGGUCAAGGGCAAGCUGUCGGUGGACGUUGGGUUCGAUGUGUUUUUGGAGCAUGGGUUCCGGGAUCAUAUGUACACUGUGCGACGGGUUGUUGUGAAAGCGGAACAGUUGCGUUCGGAGCAAGAGGCACGUUGGGCGGAAGAGGAACGCAUUAGACGGAUAGAAGAGGAAUAUAGACGCGCUAGAGCAGAACGGCGACAAAAUCGAAACGAGAUUUAA